UAUAUAUAUAUAUAUAGAUGUGCCUUUUUUUGCGCAAUUCAAUUCACCGACCAAAGAGAUAUUGCAGUCUCCUUUUAUAAAGCGAACCAAUUUCGAUCCACUGCAUAAUUAUCCAACCUUUAUCAGCCGAUCGAAGAUAAGACAUCAGAAAUAAUAAUAUGGCCAGCCAGUCCAGCCCGCCCCAAUCGAUCCAUGAAUUCACUGUAAAGGAUGCUAAGGGCAAUGAUGUCAAUCUGGGUACUUAUAAGGGCAAGGUCUUGCUGAUUGUCAAUGUUGCUUCACAAUGGUAUGCAUUAGCUUCUCUGUAUACUAGUGGUCUGACCAAUUCAAAUUACACUGAACUGACACAAUUAUACAAGAAGUACAAAGACCAAGGUUUAGAGAUACUGGCAUUUCCCUGCAAUCAGUUUGGCUCACAAGAGCCUGGCACCAAUGAAGAAAUUCAGGAAUUCGUAUGCACUCGGUUCAAGGCUGAAUAUCCUGUAUUUGACAAGGUCGAGGUGAAUGGUCCGAAUGCUGACCCAGUGUACAAGUACAUGAAGUCGAUCAAAAGCAGCAUUUUUGGGGACAGUAUCAAAUGGAACUUCUCCAAAUUCCUUGUGGACAAAGAGGGCCGAGUUGUUGACCGUUAUGCUCCCACCACAUCUCCUCUUAGCAUUGAGAAGGAUAUAAAGAAACUCCUUGAGAAGGCGUGAGCUUGGGAGGUAGCCAAGACCAAUUUAUUUCUGUUGGUUGUUAAUAUGAAUAAUCUUGUUAAUAGAAAUUUGGCUUGAUGUACGCUUUACGACUUUGUUUGAUAUUAAUGGCCGUCAUACUUAAAACAACUCGGAAGAGUUAAUUUUGCUGCUGUUAUUUGGAUAGCUGAUCAAAUCAUCUUCUAUCAGUAACAUUUAUAGUACCAACUGCGAUGAUAUAAGCAGAACUACUUUAAUAGCCAUUCUUGUGGAUCCCAGUUUUUACUCGUUCAUUGACCAUCAGUUCUUAAAGUGGUGCCCAGUCAAUACCGAAGGCUUCUGAUAUGACAUCGUAAAAUAGUAAAAUAGUUUGGUUCAGUCACAUCUUGGCUCGGGCUAUUCAGUAUUAAAUUGUUCAAAA